AGCGGGAACUGCCUCCACCACCAUCUCCACCACCGCCACCAGCACCUUCUCAGCGUUCCUCCGCCGCCCUCUUUCUCUCAACUAACUCCUUUUUCGGCGACUUUUGUGGUCUCUAGAUCCGCUUGUUUCGGUAUCUAUACAUAGGUGCGCAAAGCGAAACAAAUAAAACUACCAGAAGUUUGGAGAGAGAAAAGAAAAACCAAAAAACUGAAACCUAGAGAGAGAAACGGUGGAGGAACGUCGCGCAGAUCGGAGGUUGUUGGAUUUUAUGGUGUCGGAAACCAAGGGAAAAUGAUCGGCUCUUUCUAGUUUUUCGGUGAACAACUUGUGGAAUUUCAUGUCAAUUUUCGAGGUUUUUUCUUGAUGAUGUUAGCUGUCCGGUUCGGAUCGGUCUGGCUCUGUUCUGAUGUUUGUUCUUGAGUUCAAUGGCGAAGUGAUAUGAUCUUUUUUUUGAAGCAUUGAUCCAGUUUUCUUGAGUGGGAAACGCAGAGAAGAGUUACGUUUGUGUGUGUGUAUAUAUAUAUAUAUAUAUAUAUAUAUAUUUAGUGUCGUGUUCUUUGCGAUCUUUGCUUCGAAGAAGGGAGUUAGGGUUUCUGAUAGUGGAAAAGAAAUGGAACAGAAACAUAUUUUGUUGUCGGCGUUGAGCGUCGGGGUUGGAGUUGGAGUCGGACUCGGAUUAGCUUCCGGCCAGACUGUGAGCAGAUGGACUGGUUCUGGUUCUGGUUCUUCGGACGCUCUUACCGCCGAGAAAAUGGAGCAGGAGUUGCUCAGACAGGUGGUUGAGGGCAGAGAAAGCAAGGUCACGUUUGAUGAAUUUCCAUAUUACCUCAGUGAGCAAACACGGGUGUUACUAACGAGUGCUGCCUAUGUCCACUUGAAGCAAGCUGAAUUCUCCAAGUAUACACGAAACCUUUCUCCUGCAAGUCGGGCUAUUUUGCUCUCAGGACCUGCAGAACUUUACCAGCAAAUGCUUGCCAAGGCUUUAGCACACUAUUUUGAAGCCAAGCUGUUGCUGCUAGAUGUAACAGACUUUUCAUUGAAGAUUCAGAACAAAUAUGGUAGUGCCAGCAAAGAAUCUUCUAUGAAAAGGUCUAUUUCAACAACAACUCUAGAGCGGGUUUCUAGUUUACUUGGUUCACUUUCUCUCAUUCCACAAAUGGAGGAAAGCAAAGCUCUAAGCAAAAGUUCUGUUGGAGGCACAUUACGAAGACAAAGUAGUGGCAUGGAUAUUGCAUCGAGGGGAAGAGACUGUUCUUGCAAUCCUCCAAAGAUUCGGAGAAAUGCCUCUGCCUCAGCUAAUAUGAAUAACAUGGCCUCACAAUUUGCACCAUAUCCAGCACCACUCAAGCGCACAAGCAGCUGGUCUUUUGAUGAGAAGCUUCUUAUACAGUCCCUUUACAAGGUUCUGGUUUCGGUUUCAAAAACCAGCCCACUUGUUCUAUAUAUUAGAGAUGUUGAGAAGCUUCUAUCUAGAUCACAGAGGAUAUACAACUUGUUCCAGAAAAUGUUGAACAAACUUUCAGGAUCAAUACUGAUCCUUGGCUCACAAAUUAUAGAUCCGGAUGAUGACUACGGAGAUGUGGAUCAGAGGCUUACUACUCUAUUCCCUUACAACAUUGAAAUCAGACCACCUGAAGAUGAAAACCACUUUGUUAGUUGGAAGACUCAACUGGAGGAGGAUAUGAAAAUGAUACAGCUUCAGGAUAACAAAAACCACAUCACUGAAGUACUUGCUGCGAAUGAUCUUGACUGUCGAGAUCUUGAUUCGAUCUGCCUGGAAGACACCAUGGUUCUCAGUAACUACAUAGAAGAAAUUGUGGUGUCAGCAGUUUCUUAUCAUUUGAUGAAUAACAAAGAUCAUGAAUACAAAAAUGGGAAACUUGUUAUUUCAUCCAAGAGUUUGGCCCAUGGGUUGAGUCUAUUCCAGGAAGGUAAGUCUGGCAGCAAAGAUACUUUGAAACUCGAAGCGCAUGCUGAACCUUCUAAGGAAGCUGGGGGAGAAGAAGGUGCUGGUGUGAAGCCAGCAGCAAAAGCUGAAAGCACAGCUCCAGAAAACAAAAAUGAAGCAGGGUCACUUAUCGUGGCAGUAAAGGAGGGUGACAAUCCAAUCCCAGCAUCAAAAGCUCCAGAAGUUCCUCCUGACAAUGAAUUUGAGAAGCGCAUCAGACCAGAGGUCAUCCCAGCUUGUGAGAUUGGUGUGACAUUUGCUGAUAUUGGUGCCAUGGAUGAGAUUAAAGAAUCCCUCCAGGAACUUGUAAUGCUCCCUCUUCGUAGACCAGACCUUUUUGAAGGAGGCCUUCUAAAGCCUUGCAGAGGAAUAUUGCUCUUUGGGCCUCCUGGCACUGGGAAAACAAUGUUAGCCAAGGCCAUUGCCAAUGAAGCUGGAGCAAGCUUCAUUAAUGUGUCCAUGUCUACCAUCACUUCCAAAUGGUUCGGUGAAGAUGAGAAGAAUGUUCGAGCCUUGUUCACUCUGGCAGCCAAGGUUUCCCCAACUAUUAUUUUUGUAGAUGAGGUUGAUAGCAUGCUUGGACAGCGGACUAGAGUUGGGGAGCAUGAAGCCAUGCGGAAGAUAAAAAAUGAGUUCAUGACUCAUUGGGAUGGACUCUUGACAAAACCGGGUGAGCGGAUUCUUGUUCUUGCUGCAACUAACAGGCCAUUUGACCUUGAUGAAGCCAUAAUCAGACGCUUUGAGAGGAGGAUCAUGGUUGGCCUACCAUCGGUGGAGAACAGAGAAAUGAUCAUGAAGACUCUUUUGUCAAAAGAAAAAGUUGCAGAAGGAUUAGAUUUCAAGGAGCUUGCAACCAUGACAGAAGGAUAUAGUGGAAGUGAUCUUAAGAACCUGUGCACAACAGCUGCUUAUCGGCCAGUCAGGGAGUUAAUACAGCAAGAGAGACUUAAGGAUUUGGAGAAAAAGCGGAGAGCUGAGCAAAGGCUAAGUCCCGACGAUGAUGACGUGUUUGAAGAUACAGAGGAAAGAGUAAUUACCCUGAGGCCAUUAAACAUGGAAGACUUCAGACACGCAAAGAAUCAGGUUGCGGCAAGCUUUGCUGCAGAGGGAUCGAUAAUGAGUGAGCUGAAGCAGUGGAACGACUCGUAUGGGGAAGGAGGUUCGAGGAAGAAGCAGCAGUUAUCUUACUUCCUAUAACGAACUGGCGGAACAAAACCAUCUCAUUCUGGACAAACACUGCUUUUUAGCAUCAUAUUCCAUGGGAGAUGAGGAAAGCUGAUGACUAAAAACCAUUCUCCUGAGACCUCAGAGGGUAAGGAAGGUGAAACCAGGGGAAAAAAAAAAAAAAAGGAAAGAGGGAGAGAAGGGAUUUACUACUUGGGCUUUGUUGUAUUUAAUAGGCCAUGUCCCCAGACAGCUGUGGCUACGCUACCUAAUAGUGUUAGGAAAA